GGGGCGCCGCGAGGUCCGCUCGCUCUCCGCGAGCGCGCCCCCCGCGGAGGCGAUGGCGCCGCCGAUGCAGGACGGCCGCGCCAAGGGCGGCGGGCGCGGCAAGGGCGCCGGCCGCGGCAGGGGCGAUGGCCGCGGGCAGGGCGGCCCGGGGCGGGGCCGCGGCGCCUCCUCGGAGGCCGCCCGCGAGCUGGCCGAGAUCGAGGGCGGCGCGGUCGAGGCCGAGUCCAGGAUCGAGAUCCUGCGAGCGCAGCGGGCCGCCGCCCGCGGCGGCAAGGCCGCGGUGCAGGACUCCGUGCGGGAGAACGAGGGCAUCGACGAGGCGGACCCCGAGCGGGUGUUCGACGAUGGGAUCCGUCUCGAACCCUUCAACAUGCGGCGGGAGAUGGCGGAGGGCCACUUCGACGAGGCUGGGAUGUACAUCCUGAACAAGGACGAGGAGAAGGAGGUCACCGACGCGUGGCUAGACACAGUCGACCAGGCCGAAAGGACCGCGAUCUUCAAGCGUAACGAGCGGCAGCAGAAGGCGGCCAAGACUGCUACUUCCCGGAUCUCCAGCAUCAACAAGAACCUCGGGAAGGACGAGGAAGAGGACGAGGAUGCGAAAGAAGAAGGAGAAGAUAAGGACGGCGCGGGGCAGUCGGCGACGGACGGGCCCGCGGCCGCGCCGCAGCCCCCCGACGAGCAGGACGACGCGGCCACGCUGCUCGCCUUCCUGGAGGAGCUGAGCCCGCGAAGGCCGCACGCCGACUCCCCGCCGCAGGCCCGGGGGGCGCUGGAGCGGACGGCUCGGAGGAGGCCACGGGGCACUCUUCCGGAGGCCACGUCCGGAGGCAACGUUGGGAGGGCUGUUUGCUGGGGCGUGUCCGC